AUAAUGAGGAGCGUAUUCAGUCCAGUAUAGUUGUAGAAAUUGAAGCACGAUGUUCAUCCUUAGUGAGAAAGUGAAGAGUGCGCUAAUGGGGGCAUUGGCGACGGUCGUUUGCCUGGGUUUUGUGCUUGUUUGUCUCGAAAUAUACUUCCCUAAAGCUGUUCCCAUAAUCUACAACUAUUACCAUAACGAUCUGCCAAUGAAUCAAUGCAUUGCUUCAAACGACACUUCCGCACCGGUGCCUAAACGAUACCUGCUAUCCGAUGAGAAAGUUACGUUCUUUGAAGCAUGGCGACGCUGCCAGAGUCGUGGACUUCGCCUGGCAACAAUCAAUAGCGAAGCAGAAGGUCAAUUAAUCGCAGCGGCUAUCAAUGCCAGCUCUUCGGAAGGAGACUGGUAUAUCGGUGGUACUGAUUUGGGCCAUGAAGGCGUUUUUGUGUGGAUUUCUACCAACAUGCCAGUCGGUCACGGAACUGGUUACUAUAACUUCUUCCCGGGAGAGCCAAACAAUGAAGGAUAUAUGGAACGCUGUCUCGAGAUUAUCCGUGGUGCUGGUGUUUCAUGGAACGACGUACCUUGUUCAAUAGAGCAGGAAUACAUCUGCGAAACUGUUAAUUAAAUCUUUUAAAUAUUGGAAAGUAUUGUAUUAUGUCAAUACAUAAAUUUUUCUUGUUGUUUGCUA